AUGGACCUUGUUGGGCGCCUAGAGUACAUCGGUCUGAACACGGAGGCCAUUACCCACAUAACCUGUAUCUACGACCCUGAGCUAGAUCCUCGUGCAGACUUAUGGGAAUACAUCGAGGCGUGGGUCCGAUCACGACGAAGCGAUAAAUAUGUGGCCGAGGAUGGAUACCAGCAGGAACUCAUCCGAUGUGGUCUCUCCGAUGGGUUAGCCGCGAAGCAUAUGGAUGCUGAAAUUGCUAUCUUCAGAUCCAUGGGGGAGCCCUCAGACGGUGAGAACGAAGAUGGUCCUGAAGAGAAAUCGUCUUCAAAGUCAGCAAGUCGUCCAGAUAAAGGCAAAAGAAGAGCAGAUGUCACUGAAGAGGGCCCAGAAGGAGCCAUGAAUCUUCGACAACCUGGAAGCGACGAAGUUAUCUGGCUGAAGGGAUCAAUCAAAUCGCAGCUUUUCGGCGGAUACUCCGCCACCACACUCCGCAUGAACCCUCGAAGUAUUCUGUCGCUACCGCCAACAGAUUUUGGAGGACUGCUUAGUUGCCUCUGUUUUACAGACUCCGUCGACGCGGCAAAACAGUAUGCUAGCUGGGCCACCCGCAGGGCCGCCCCUGGCCCUGGUUCAAAGGCGAUGAUCCUGUAUCUCUAUGUCCCAAAGCAAUGGCUACGGGCUCUACAAGAGCAGAAUCAGAUCCGUUAUUUGACAACGGAUGAGUUCCAGCACCUUGUCUGGUGGAGCUACCGGGAUUCCCAGGCUGGAGCUGCACCUAAUACUAUCUAA